GACCGCCAGUGACCCCGGAGCGCGAGUUGCCGCCGAAGGCUUGAGCUGAGGCCGGAUUCCGGACACUGACCACAGGCCGGAGCAUGGACACCCCGAGGCCGGCACACAACAUCGCCAACGGGCUGCAGAAUGGCUUUCACCCGGGGCCCAGCCGCCGCAGCCCGGAACAAGAGAACGAAUCCCCCGCCAAGAAAUGCCGCAUCCGCAGGAGGAUAGACUCGGGGAGAAAAAACAGACCCCCAUUCCCUUGGUUUGGGAUGGAUAUUGGUGGAACACUUGUCAAACUCGUGUAUUUUGAGCCAAAGGAUAUCACAGCUGAAGAAGAGCAGGAGGAAGUGGAGAAUCUGAAGAGCAUUAGGAAGUACCUUACCUCUAACAUAGCUUAUGGAAAAACAGGGAUUCGGGAUGUGCACCUGGAGCUGAAGAACUUGACCAUGUGUGGACGCAAGGGGAACUUGCAUUUUAUCCGCUUUCCAACACAUUCCAUGCCUAAAUUCAUCCAAAUGGGUAGAGACAAAAAUUUCUCUAGUUUGCAUACUACUAUGUGUGCAACAGGAGGUGGUGCCUACAAAUUUGAAGAUGAUUUCAGAAUGAUGGCUGACCUACAGCUCCACAAACUGGAUGAGUUGGACUGUUUAAUCCAAGGCCUUCUUUACAUUGAUUCCAUUGGGUACAAUGGUCAGUCUGAGUGCUACUAUUUUGAAAAACCCACUGACCCUGACCAGUGCCAGAAAAAACCAUACUGCCUCGAUAACCCUUACCCGAUGUUGCUGGUCAACAUAGGUUCAGGGGUCAGCAUCUUGGCUGUUUAUUCCAAAGAUAAUUACAAAAGGGUAACAGGAACCAGUCUUGGUGGAGGAACUUUCCUUGGCCUGUGUUGUCUCCUAACUGGAUGUGAAACCUUUGAAGAAGCUUUAGAAAUGGCAGCGAAAGGAGACAGCACUAAUGUAGAUAAACUCGUUAAGGAUAUUUAUGGAGGAGACUAUGAACGGUUUGGCUUAAGUGGAUGUGCAGUAGCUUCCAGCUUUGGUCACAUGAUGAGUAAGGAGAAACGGGAUUCCAUUAGUAAGGAAGACUUGGCCAGAGCGACUCUGGUCACUAUUACAAACAACAUUGGAUCCAUCGCUCGAAUGUGCGCAUUGAAUGAGAGCAUCGACAGGGUAGUGUUCGUUGGAAACUUCCUGAGAAUCAAUAUGGUCUCCAUGAAAUUACUGGCUUAUGCAAUGGAUUAUUGGUCCAAUGGGCAAUUGAAAGCCUUAUUCUUGGAACAUGAAGGUUAUUUUGGAGCUGUUGGUGCAUUGCUGGAAUUGCUGAAGAUGACAGAUGCAUACUGAGGUGCGGAGUAGGACACAGGAAUUGACAGAGGACGUGUAUUUUUAAAAGCUACUAUCCAGAAUUUAGUGCCAGAAUGGAACUUGUCUGAUGAAACAAUUAACUAUUUAGUUUUCAUAUCAGGUUAAGAAUAAAUCAUUUGCUUUACAGCAGCUACUGUUGUACUGCACUGAGACUCAUUUCGAAGGGAAGUUGAGUAAUCUAUUGUAUGUAAUGUAUAUAUUUUAAACAAUGUGCAAGAUAGCCAAAACCAACUGGUUUUAUGUAUUAAUAUUUGGAGAUAAUUUCUGUAUAAAUGUGUACUGUUCUGAAUUUUCUCUCCUGGGAUGUACUGCCUUGUGAAUGAUCAUACUGUAAUGAUUUAAGUAUUAUUUAUAAAUUACCUGGAAGUUUUUUUGCCAUUUCUCAUUUAAAACUACAAAGCUGGAGAUGAACCUGUCAUUUGUGUAGUGUGUUGAUUUUGUUGCCUUUGUAAAACUGUCCUACAUAUUUAUAAAAGAUGACCUUUCUUUGAACAUGCACAAGUAGUGACCAUGGCAGAUGUGCUGAUUAGACAUUCAUCUUAAAAGCCUAUGCUAAUAUUUUUUUAGAUGAAAGUGCUUGACUGGUCACAGCAAGAAGCUUCUUUGUGUACACACUGUCUUGGCUAUGCAAGUGAAGGUACCUUUCCACUAAUGUGGAAGUUUUGAAUAAUUUGUUCUUGUAUUUUUAAGAAAUGCCACUUCUUAAGAACUACUGUAUGAUGGAAAAUCCAUCAAUCUACAAAGCCUUGUACUGUGACAGUUCAUUGUCUGAUCUUUCAAAACUGUAUUUAAAAAAAAUUGCUAUCAUUGUACCAUGCAUUUUGAGAUAGAUGCCUCUAGUUAAUACUAAAUAUCUGAAGUAUGCAGUAUAUCUGAUCACUGAACAAGACCAUAAAAAUAGGAAAAUCUAAUGUGGGUACAUGUGUGUUAAGAAUUGGCUUUCUCAUGGAAUAUAUUUCACAUUCCAUUGAUAUCAUGAUAUUUCUGACACAUUGACUUUAGGUUUGAGGACUUUUUAAAAAAAAAUUAAUCACAUGAAAUGUCCUUCUUUGAGUUCCAUGAUGGCAGGUGGUUGAUUGACUUUGACUCUAAUAUUGUACAGAAUUUUAAUUGAAAUUUUAAUUAAUAUUCCACUGCAUAACAGAUUUUAACUGAACUCUUCACUUUAUGACUUGUGUGUAUUGAUCUAUUUAGUUUAAUUGAAGUCUUGCACUUUAAGUGCUGUUGUAACUAGUCAUCCUAUCUAUAUUUUGUUCUGUUUUACAUGUAUAUCCUAAAAGAAAUGUGACUAAGAGCACUACAAAUCAGCAUUGUUACAUUUUUAAAACAAAUUAUCAAGAUAUGCUAUGUGUCUACGGCUAGGAGCCAAUGUUGUAUGCAGUUCAUUCUUUGAAUGUGUUCCAUCUGCUUUUGCCUCCCAGAUAUUUUGCCAGUCCAAUUUGCAAAUUUUUCUUGACUAGAAGCUCGUAGCAAUCAACUCACUCUGCACCUGGUGCAGAGGGAGUGUGCACCCCACCCUAAUUUGGCCAUUUAUGGAAACUGGUUUCAUAUGUUUUAGCAGUGAACUAAUUCAGUACACCAGCAUUUAUCUAGUUGACUUUGAAAGAGUGAGCACUCUGAGAAAAGCUGAAACAGAUUAAGGUUAGUUGCUGAUUUAUAUAGUUUUUUUUAUUCGUGAAAUAUCACAGUUAGUCAUUAAGCUCUGAAGAAUGCCAUUCAAUCCAUGCUUCAAUAAAUAGAUCUUACCUAUCCUUAGUUGGCUUAUUGGAGAUGAUGAGUGUACUUCUGCUGCAGGCUCAGUGAUAUAGGUAUGCCCAUGGUGCUGUUAGGUAGGAAUUUUGAUCCAGCAACUGAAAGGAUGGCAAAAUAUUUUCAGUUAGAUUAGAGUGGAAUUGGAAGUGAUGGCAUUCGGUGCUUGUUCUCCUAGGUAUAGAUAAUGUAGGUUUGGAAGGUGCUGCAGCAGCCUUAGGUUGCUGCAAUACAACUUGCAGAUGGUACAUGGGAGUGAUGUUUAAAAUAUUGAUGGGGUGCCAAUCAACCUGGCAGUGUAGUUUUAGAAGAAUUUGAACUUGGGUGUUGGAGCUGCGUUCUUCCAGGAAAAUUGAAGGUAUUCCAUCACACUCCUGAUUUGUGCCUUCCGAUGGUGCAGACAUUUUAGGAGUCAGGAGGUGAGUUACUUGUAGAACUCUUCUCGCAAUUACAGUAUUUGCUGGCUGGCCUAUUACACUUUCUGGUCAAUGGUUAACCUCCCAGGGUAUUGAUGGGCAAUGUGAUGAUGCCAGUUGUCAAGUUGAUAUUGUAUAUCAAGGGGAGCUGGAGAUAGUUAUUUGUUGGAGAUAAUCAUUGUCCAGUGCUUGCAUUAGUGACUAUUAUUUACCCACUGAUCAGAACAACCUGAGUGUUGUUCAACUGUCCAAAUAAUGCAUGUAGGCAUGGACUGCUUCAUUAUCUGAGGAGUUGGAAACAGAACUGAACACUGCAGUCAUCAGCAGACGUUAUUUGAAAUUAUAACACUAGUUGAAAUAGUUUAACAGUAUGUGAUAUUGGUUCUUAGCCUGUUAUUUGUUGUUCUUAGUCUAUUUUAUUCUGUAUAAAAUUGAGUUGUAAAGUGUUUUAAUCCAAUUGGGGAAGUCCUCAAAAUUUGAAUUUUAAAAUAAAGACUUGAGGUAUGUCUGAUUUCAAA